AUGCCAUCUUUUGCCCUCGUUUUCCUGCUCUUUGUCUCCUCUGUUUAUGGGGCCGUCCUCUCUCCUCGCGCUUCAGCUGCACAAGUAUGCGUCGGCUUGAGUGUCAAAUCCAACAAUGGCGACCGAAAGGUCGCUCUUGUCAUAGACAGCUCAGGCUCGAUGUUGGAGACUGACCCAGAUAACCUCCGACUCGCUGCUGGCAGAGCACUAAACGACUGGCUAAUUACCAAAGCGGAGGCGACGGGUGGCAAGAAAUCAGAUCUGGUCACUGUUAUUGAUUUCGAUGAUACGGCGACCUUGGACUAUCCGCUCGGUGACCCUGCCGGAGCGAAUAGCUCUUUCAGUAAGAUUGAUUCGUCCGGUGGGACAUUCAUCGCUGGUGGAGUACAGAUGGGAAUUGAGCAACUUACUUCUCCUGGCUCUGGCUCCACAAGUGGGAGGAGUAGCAUCAUCGUUUUCACGGACGGAGUGGAUUACGACACAUUGACCUUGGUCGAGGCGAUAAAUGAAGCUUCUUCUUUGGGUAUCCGGGUCUCCUUCGGCUUCCUCGAUUCCACAGACAGCGUGCAAGACAGCUCAGUCCUGUCUGCUAUCACUUCCUCUGGCGGUGUUUACGCCACGAUCACCAGCGAGGAUGCCUCAAACAACUUCAUCAAUUUUGCCAUUCUCAACGGUCUCACACACAAUGACAACCCUGCGGGGAACAGCAACACGCUUCUCGCUGGCCUUUCGAUCUCCCAAUUCAUAUCAGGAAGUAACUCGGUAUCCACUUUCUACAACGCGCAAGCCAACGAGAAGAUCAACUUCACCAUCACCAGCAUCACAGCCGAUACUCUUACCGCAAAAGCCAUCUUCGGCGGCAAAGUCAUCAACAGCACCACCACCCCUUUCUACGGCGCUGACACGCUCAAUGUCCAAGCCCCGGGCGCAGGGCGAUUCGAAAUCAAAGUCACCGCCCAAGAUGCCCCCCCAAACGCUGUAUACAUUCUCGGCGCGACGUCAAACAUGCCCAUCCAGAACUGCUCCAUCGCCGUCACAGGCGGUUCCUCCGGACUUAGCACAGGUGGAAAAGUUGGACUCGGUCUAGGCAUCCCCAUCCUCGUCGCGGGCCUUGGUCUCGGUGCAUUCUUCCUUCUGAAACUCUUCGGGGGAAAGAUUCCAGCGUUUGGUAUCCCACCCCUUAAAAAUCCAUUCGCAAAAAAUCCUUUCUCAAAAUCUCCACCGACUCAACCUGAUUACGAACAAACAAUGAUCAAUGGCGCCGAAAAGACAGGGUUUGUGGAGACGAUCACGCCUCUUGCAGCCAUUCCGGCAAGCCUUGCUGCCGCCCCAGCCUUGACACAGGCAGCUCAUCCAUCCAGCACGGACCCAACUCAAACACCACAAACCACAGCCCAAGAUCCGUCACAGAAGCACAAGCACAAACGCCACAAGCGCCGCAAGCAUGCCAAUGGACCGUAUCACCAUCACCACCUUGCUCCUGGCCAUCCAUGUCUUGAAGAUUCAGUACCUCACUGUGCACUGUCCGACCCAGAGCAUGUCUGUAAGGAUCCUAAUGAGAAGCCGCUGGGGCCGUGUGUGUGCACGGAUAAGAAGUGUGAGUUGAAUAAGGAUGAUCAUGAGUGUGUUGUCGAUGAGGAGGACAAGGAGAGGUGGCCACCUUGUGGGUGUGAGGAUGAAGAGUGUGAGGUUACAAAGGAGGAGGAGAAGAAGAAGAGGGAGAAGCUGAUGUUGGGGGGUGCAAAGAUUGCUAUCAAAGAGGGGGUGCAUGCUGUUAUGAACUGA